GUCACACUGCCUUGCGUUGCAGCUGAUUGCGGCAUGAUUAUCUAAACAUUUUUGGGAAUAUAUGAAAAGGAAAUAUUAAAAAUGAACGUGAGCACUCGAUUGUUGAUAAAUAGACUGGGAAAACAAUGCGGCCUCAGUCGAAUUGUUACAUUUUCCACAAAAUCGGCGGAACAUGCUGCCGCGAAUGCCGUAGAAACACAAAAGGAGCAGAAGACUAAGGAAGCACCAGCUUCUAAUGCCGCGGAAGCAUCAGUUCCUAUCCGAAAACCUAUUAUACCAGCCAAUUAUCGGUUCAUAUACCCGGAGUUUUUGCCUGAUCCCAAGAUAGAAUGGCGGAAUCCGAUCCGCGAAAAGCUUGAACGCAUGGACAUGUUGGACCGGCGCCGACAAAUUGACCUGCCAGAGUUUUAUGUUGGCUCCAUUAUGGCGGUGACUAGUUCCGAUCCGCACGCAGAGGGAAAGGUUAGUCGUUUCGUGGGUAUCUGCAUCCAUCGGGAUGGCUGUGGACUGCGCGCACGCUUCAUUCUCCGAAACGUGAUUGAUCACCAAGGAAUAGAAGUGAUCUAUGAGCUGUACGAUCCCACCCUCCAAAAGGUGGAAGUUUUGCGUUUGGAAAAGCGCCUGGAUGACAGUCUCUUUUAUUUGCGAGAUGCUCUUCCGGAAUACAGUACUUUCGACGAAAACAUGGAGCCCGAGCAGUUGGAGGAGGGCGCGCCUGUCCCGGUUAAUGACAUUAAGGUAGUGCUACGUCCGCGCCCUUGGCUUGAACGCUGGGAGCGUCAAAAUUUGCGUGGAGUCGCCAACAUUGAUCAGUAUCUGAAGGACAAACAUCGUAAGUCUGCCGCCAGAGUGCAGAAGCCGUGGGAGAAAUAUGAUUUGAUGAAACAGUACCGCGCCACAAUACCCGAGGAGGAACAGACAGAGAUCUUCGCUGAAGUGUACACCGAACUCCACGCCCAGGAGCUUCAGCGCAAGCGAAACAAGCGGAAGCGUACCUUUGUUAAACCAAAGCAACUGGCGUAAUUGCCCUUUUUGUUUACUUGUAGACUAUUAAAACAAAAUUACAAAACUUC